CAACAUGGCAGCGCCCUUAAGAAGAUCGUGUUUGUCUGUUCUUCAGAGUAUCAGGCAAAAUGUUACGGGAAUAUCUUGUCGGAUGCUUACUUCUACUGUGGAAACAAAAGACAAUGAGAAUUCAACAUUCCAAGGCAGGGAUGUCGAAAAAUUGUUCCUAGAUGAACAAGUGCAAAAGAUUCUGUACAGGGUUACAAGGCUGAACAUUAACAAGGUGUUUCAUGUGCAAAAGCAGCCACGAUCGAAUCCGAAGUUUAAACUGAUGACAAAGACUGAACUAGAACAGCUGGAACGAGAAACGGUCGAUCGUGCCAAGCAUAAACUUCAGAUGCCUCCUGUGAUGAAUUCUCGACAGCCCAUCUCCGAAGUUCUCGCGCAUGAUCCAGAUCUAUGCAACAUCGAUUCAGCGAAAUAUGUGUUCACAGACAUCACGUAUGGCGUAAUGGACCGAGAAAGGUUAGUGGUGGUUCGUGAACCGGAUGGAACACUAAGGAAGGCCAUGUGGGAAGAGAGGGACAAGAUGCUACAGACCUAUUUUCCAAAGGAAGGCCGCAAGGUGUUCGCACCGUCAAUGCUUACACGCCCCGACCUACUGGAGGACGUGCUGCAGAAGCAGAAGUAUGAGUUCAUACUGGACCUCGCUUGCGUUCAGUAUGAGCCUGAUAACCCCGAGUAUCACAGGGUUGUGUACAGAACCUAUACCCACGUUGACCAGACCAAAAAUUAUGAGAUUUUGCGGUCGACUAGACAUUUUGGCUGCCUUGUCUUCUAUUUAACGCUUCACAAGAAAGUGGACAAUCUCUUGAUUGAUAUGAUCCAGAGAGACUACUUAUCUGACGCCAUCGAUACUGUCACGCUGUACCAUACCUGCCACACGGAGUGUGAAUCUCGCAAGCAGCUAGGAGAGCUUGGCAGUAACCCCCAACCGUUGGACCUGCUCAAGCUGUUUGCAAAGACAGACGCGCAGCAGCAAGCACGCCUGGACCUGGCCAUACAGUCCUACAUCGACUUACACGAGCUCCCAGAGAGGGCAGCACAGUGACCGAUGAAGACAAGUCAAUUGACAGUGCUUGCACCAGGCCUAACAUGGGGUACGUGGUUCCAUGCAACUCACUUCCAGUUGCAAUAAACAUGAAAACAUGGUUAGUCACUUGAGAUCAUCGGUGACCAAGAGGAGGAACUACUGGCAUAGAGCAACACUCUUUCACAAAUCAUUUAGAUGUGCCGUCUCCGAAUAAAAACGACACUAAUGUAAUUUAUGUGACAUAAUAUGGUUGAAAAAACUUUAGAUUUUGCACUGUCUUAAUAUGUUCUGUCAGUCAUCAAAUAAUUGUAUGUCAGAGUGUGAAUAAGAUGAAUUGGCACGUGUCUAGUUAGUAAUUAGCAUUGUAUCGGAGUCAUAUCUGUAAAAGUAAAUAAAGCAGCUACAUUUCUCAUGUACUGUGAAAUGUGUGCCAACAGAAUCAUUAAUUUUGUUAAGACAUGAUGUUGUCCCGAGUAAUAAAUAGUAAGAAAUCUA